AACCUAACAUGGAAAGGAAAAAUGAAAAAAAAACGUUUUACUACUAUUUACUAACCAGAAUCUAUAACAAAAUAUAUUAGCUUACCCCACCUCACCGGCCAAUUCCCAAUCGUCACUCCUCGGAUCCUAUUUACCCCGCCGCCGCCACCACCUUCGGCGGUCUUGCAACCCAAAGUUCUGGUGUAAGCGCGCCUGAAAUUUACUUGAAUCACCUAAAUUCAUGGAAGGUCUGUAUGUGAUAAACUUAAGAGCAAAUUCCUCUGCCUUAUUUUCAGCUCAUAAAGUGUCUGGUCAUCAGCUCUUUAAUCCCAUACCCCCAAAAUUCACAUUUUUAAGGUCUAUGCCACAAACCCACAUGUUGAAUCUCUCUCCUCUCAACCAAUUUUCAGGUUCCCCCAUUAAAGCUCAACAGGUUGAGAUAAAUGGUGGAUUGGCUUCAGCGUCUGAUCCUACAAUUUCUAAUGAAGAUUUGCUCAAAGUUAAAGAGUGGGAAAUUGGGAUGUUGCAAGAUGAACUGGCUGCUAGUCAAGGCAUAAGUAUUAGGAGGCGACCACCAAAUGGACCGCCUCCUCAUUACGUAGGUCCUUUUGAAUUUCACUUGCAAAAUGAGGGAAAGAUUCCUUGUAAUAUUCUUGAAGAAAUUGUAUGGCACAAGGAUGUGGAAGUCUCUCAGAUGAAAGAGAGGAAACCGCUUUCAAUGUUGAAAAAGUUGCUUGAUAAUGCUCCGCCUGCUAGAGAUUUUGUUGGAGCUCUUAAGGCCGCCAAUUCAAGGACUGGGGUUCCUGGUUUAAUUGCUGAAGUUAAGAAAGCCUCUCCUAGUCGAGGGGUUAUGAGAGAAGAUUUUGAUCCUGUUCUGAUUGCUAAAGCCUAUGAAAAAGGUGGAGCAGCUUGCCUUAGUGUUUUGACCGAUGAGAAGUUUUUCCAGGGAAGCUUUGAGAACUUGGAGGCGAUAAGGAAUUCCGGAGUGCAGUGCCCGCUCUUGUGCAAAGAGUUUGUAAUAGAUGCUUGGCAAAUCUACUACGCCCGAGUUAAAGGUGCAGAUGCGAUUCUGUUGAUUGCUGCUGUUUUGCCCGAUUUUGACAUCAAGUACAUGGUUAAAAUAUGCAAGUUGCUAGGCUUAGCCGCACUUGUGGAGGUACACGAUGUGAGAGAGAUGGAUCGUGUUUUAGCAAUAGAGGGCAUUGAACUAGUCGGCAUCAAUAACCGCGACCUAGGAACAUUCAAGGUUGAUAUAAGCAACACUAAGAAUCUUCUAGAAGGCGAGCGUGGAGAAAGGAUACGUCAAAAAGGCAUCAUUGUGGUUGGGGAAUCGGGGCUUUUUACUCCCACUGACAUUGCAUACGUGCAAGGAGCUGGUGUAAAAGCAGUACUGGUUGGUGAAUCGAUUGUUAAACAGAAAGACCCUACUGCUGGAAUAGCUGAACUCUUUGGUAAAAAUAUUGCUUCAUGAUUGCAUUAGCUAGUUUUGGUGAUACUGCCGGUGAGAUAUGAGAAUCGAAUCUGUUCUAAAAAAUUUAUUUGUUUGAGUUUUGCAAGCUGUGUGUGUGAAUUAGUUGUUACUGAGUUGAUAAAAUUAGUGGCCCAAGGUUUGCAUGUUCGGAUACACCAAUGCCUUUCUAAGUCGAACUGAUUGUCUA